AUGUGUAUUAAGUUUACUUUGACAUCUUGCUGUAAUCAUUUAUGUAAUUCAUUCUCGGGUCAUUAUGGGAUUUCGCUUUCAUUCAUAAUAUAUCCAUCUGUCUCAGGACGCUAUCUAUCUAUCUAUCUAUCAAUCUAUCUAUCUAUCUAUCUAUCUAUCUAUCUAUCUAUCUAUCUAUCUAUCUAUCUCAUUCUGUUUUCUAACACAAGCAGUUAUUAUCUAUCUAUCUAUCUAUCUAUCUAUCUAUCUAUCUAUCUAUCUAUCUAUCUAUCUCAUUCUGUUUCUAACACAAGCAGUUAUCUAUCUAUCUAUCUAUCUAUCUAUCUAUCUAUCUAUCUAUCUAUCUAUCUAUCUCAUUCUGUUUCUAAUACAAGCAGUUAUCUAUCUAUCUAUCUAUCUAUCUAUCUAUCUAUCUAUCUAUCUAUCUAUCUAUCUAUCUAUCUAUCUCAUUCUGUUUCUAACACAAGCAGUUAUCUAUCUAUCUAUCUAUCUAUCUAUCUAUCUAUCUAUCUAUCUAUCUAUCUAUCUCAACCUGUUCCUAUCUAUUCCGACUUGUUACCUGUUUAUUAUUACGAACACUUUAAUAUGAUUUCCUUCUUUUCACACCCGUUCCACACCCCGUCACCCGUCAUAAUCGACGCCCCAACUUUUGCAGCGCAAGAAAAUCUUUCUUUUGAAGCCUACAUGAUGCGGUAUGGCUAUCUAAAAUGCAAGCCUCAUAGCAGGAAGAAAGAGAGUCGGAUGCGAAACCGUUACCGCCUGUUUAACCGACCGGGAUCGCAUCAUCUUCAUCAUCAACAGCAAUCACAGGGUUCGAGCCUACUGUUGACGCUGAACUGUGACAAACAACGUGUGUCACAGGCCAUCAUGCAGUAUCAACGAACUUACCAUUUGCCCGUCACGGGACAACUGGAUAAAGGCACAAAGGAGUUAAUGUCCGAGUCGCGAUGCGGAAAUCGUGACCAAAACGACGGCGUUGUAGACGAAGAGGUCUUACAGGCCCAGCGAAUUCUACUCCAGCAAAGAAUCCAGUCCCACCAGCAGUCUUUUCUCCGAUCGAAUCGCCGUUUUGGACGCAGUGUCGAGCUGAGGGAAUCCUUAGCUAAGGAACACAGCGAAGAAGGGACAGAUGAGAGGGAAAGUAUAAAAGAGAUUGACAACGCAGGAUCCAAUUCUGGUUCUGCUUCAAAGACAUCAACGCCAAACCCUCUCCAUCAGAACUGGCUACGUUCGCCUGACGGUCCCCAAAACACGGAGGACGACAACAGAUCCGAGGAAGAUAGCGAACCCGAGAAGGAUUUCCUUUUCCCCUCAAAGGUUUCCGACGACGAGAGUCUGUUGGCACCAUUUUCGUCGCCACGGACAACGACGGGAAUGUCUUUUCACUCUCUUCCAAAACAAGGGUCGUCUCUUCUCAAGGACGUAUUUUCACGACGACUCUCGAAGCAAACGUAUAGAGGCCAAAAUGAUCCAAAGUCUGUGAUUCAUAACCAGAAUUAUAAAUCAAAAAUUUCUAUAGGCACUGCGCAAACAGCAGAAAACUCUUUUACUCUUGACCCUUCUUUAAAAUAUGGAGGCACCAACGAACAGUUUGAUAAAAAAGACGGUCAAAGCAGACGGCCAAGGACGCUUGGUCCGCUGCUAGACAAAACAAACUUAUACGAAAGCCGUCACCGAUGGCGAUCGACGUCUGGCUCAACAAUGGGACGACCCAGCAAAAACAACCCACAAACGAAAUCUGUCACCGCAGCCACCAAUUCUCUUAUUUCCUUUUCUUCUUUGCCUUCUGUCCCCUCCACAGCGGGAACCCCACCGAUUGUCGGGGGUGUUCACAAUUACUUACAUAACGAUGAGGCCCGUCUUACGACGGGCUCACAGGCGACACCGUCACCAUGGUGGCUUCCUUCCUUUCCCCGCAAAUAUCCUUUAUUGUCAAGCUCGUCACUUUCAUUUGUGCACCACCCCUCGACCCAUUCGCGGUCAUCAACCCCGGCUUCGUCAUCUUUUAUAAAAUCUACUCGUGUUCCGCACACAGACUCUGGGGCGAGCACUGACCCCAUUAGAUCAUUAGAUGGCGACGGUUCACUAAGGCCUAAGUACAACCAUAAUUUAAGAACAGACAACAGUAGCAAUGAGUUUAGUAGUGCUACUAGUAGUAUCAGUAGUAAUAGUGUUCUGUUGAAUAGGACAUCUUUGAAGACGACGACGACCCCAGAGACGACACGAUCGUCAUUCGAGUCGGAACCUGUUGAAUAUUUGACAAAUAAGAGUGUUUUAAAUAAAUCUCUUGACAAUGAUGAGAACGAGGCAGCCUUCACCGGCGAAAGGAAAGAUAAUGGACAAGGACUUACUACUGAAACGACUACUAUACCUAAUGGUCAUGGGCCGGAUAAUUUGGAAGUGAGCAACCGGAAGUGGACGCAGGUCCGAGUUGAAAGCCAACCCCAGUUUGUUCCGAUCGAAGGACGUUUAGACAGAAACGAGAACAACCUGGCCGAAAAACGCCCGUGUCGUGCGGGCAGAGCCGAUUCUCGGGACAUCGCUUGCCCCCCUUGCAAACGGCGGGCGAGUGUCGGAUCGUCUGGCUCGUCUCAGACGCUGACGUUAAGUAAAACAGGUCGUGAAUCGAACCGUUAUCGCUGUCGUCGCCGACGCCGUCGUCUUCGUCGACAAGGACGUCACCGUCGGAAACUACUACUUGAAAGGGGUACCACCUUUGCAUCACCCCCACCAACCUCUGAAUUUUCGUCUGUUUUCCCAUCGCGACGACCGUCGUCAUCAUUAUCAUCAACAUCAUCAUCGUCAUCCUCCUCCUCCUCCUCCACAUCGUCAUCAUCAUCAUCAUCAUCAUCAAAGCAGCGACUGAAAAGAUCGCCAGCGCUUCAGUAUCUUAUGACGAACAGUAUUCCGGUUGGGUCACAGCCGAAAUCGAGAUCAUGGCCACGCCCUACAAACACGAAGUCUUUCACGAGAGAAAGCCCGGCAUAUCACCCUACUCCAACCACGCCGCUUUUAUCAACACCAUCAUCCAGGCCACAAACUGAAUCACCAAGCAAUUCCUCUUCCCAAUCGGAAGCCUCCCCAUCUGCCAUUGCUUCUACCCCUCCAUCAUCACCUGUUUCCCCUCGCCCCUCGAAGCCUUUGACUGUCAACGGAACCCCAUCGUUGUCUCUUAGGGCAUCGGCAAUAGACAACACACACUUGGUCAGUACUGGGGAAUUGACAGGUGGUGAUGUUGCCAAAUUUUCAAGAGAGCCAACGAGUUGGCCUGAACUUGGUAAACAAGGAGACGCUAGUGAACGAGUCACCCAGGGCGCCCAAAUGAAGUCCAGCGUAAAUUAUGAGUUAGCAGGAAGUGCGCAUUUGGGGACAAGUAAACGUAAUGACCGAAAUAGUCGGUUUGAAAAAGAAAGCAAUAAUAAUAAUAAUAAUAAUAAUAAUAAUAAUAAUAAUAAUAAUAAUGGAUUGGAUGAUCAUGUAGCUUUCAAGCGACGAAGGAAAGAACUUUUACGUCGGCCUUCUCCGGAUUCGACGUCAUUUCUCAAGUCGCUAGAGUUGACAACUCCACAUACAAGGUGGUGGAACAAACCCCAGAAGAAGUCCUUACUUUUAUCUCUAAUUCGAUACAGAAUGAGUCCCGAGGAAAGGCAACAUUUUCAGGUGCGAUCAAAUUUCUUGCAUCGGACUAUUGAACAAUUAAAAAAGACUGACCCACUUUGGCUCCGAGGUAUCCCGGCUCAGGAAAGGACCAAACGAUCAUUAGUGGUCAACAAUAUGACCGCCUGGGGUCAGAUGUUUAAGAAGAAAGUGGUCCGUUGGCGUCUGCUUUCCUCGGGCUAUAGUAAUCGAAUACCAUUGGAAGAGCAACGGGCAACGCUCACUUUGGCCUUUCGCAUGUGGAGCGAAGUUAUACCGAUUAAUUUUGUGGAGGAUCUUACAAGUGAUGUGCGAGAUGUGGAUAUACACAUCGCAUUUGGGAGGGGUGCCCUCUCGUUCUUUCUUUCUUUCUUUCUUUCUUUCUUUCUUUCUUUCUUCGCCAAGCUACCCUUUCUUUCUUUCUUUCUUUUCCGUUUCUUUCUUUCUUUCUUUCUUUCUUUCUUUCUUUCUUUCUUUCUUUCUUUCUUUGUUUUGUUUUCUGUGCUUUCUUUCUUUUUUUCGUUUUUUUUGUUUUCUGUUUUUUCUUUCUUUCUUUCUUUCUUUCUUUCUUUCUUUCUUUCUUUCUUUCUUUUCCGUUUCUUUCUUUCUUUCUUUUUUUUUUUUUUUCUUUUUCUUUUCUGUUUCUUUCUUUCUUUUUUGUUUCUUUCUUUCUUUCUUUCUUUCUUUCUUUCUUUCUUUCGUUUUUUUUGUUUUCUGUUCUUUCUUUCUUUCUUUCUUUCUUUCUUUCUUUCUUUCUUUCUUUCUUUCGUUUUUUUUGUUUUCUGUUCUUUCUUUCUUUCUUUCUUUCUUUCUUUCUUUCUUUCUUUCUUUCUUUCUUUUGUUUUGUCUUCCGUUCAUUUUCUUUCUUUCUUUCUGUUGUUUUCUGUUCGGUUCUGUUCUAUUCUUUCUUUCUUUCUUUCUUUCUUUCUUUCUUUCUUUCUUUCUUUCUUUCUUUCUUUUGUUUCCCGUUCUUUCUUUUGUUUUUUUCAUUCUUUCGCUGACAUCAUUUGCUUUCUUUCUUUUCUUUUUUCCGUUCUUUUCUUGCUAAUUUCUUUCAUUUUCUUCGGGGCUUGUAUUAUGAAGAAAAUUUCUCCUUUCACAGAAUUACGUAACUAG